CCGGCGCCCCCCGUGCCCCCCCGUGAGGCGGCGCCCCCUCCGUGACGAGGGCCUUCCCUCGCGCCCCCGUGAGGAGAAGGCGAGACCCCCCGAGAGAGCCCCGGGGCCGAAGGAGAGGGGGGCAGCCGGCGAGGCCUCCCUGAGGCGCCCCCCAUUUUUUUUAACCUUCCUCCCCCCCCGUUUUUCUUCGCCGCCGCCGCCGCUGCUGCUGCAAAGGAGGAAGAGGAAGGGGGGCCUCCUCCGCUGCCUCCCCCCGCCAUGGAGAACGGGCACACCAAGACGGUGGAGGAAGUGCUGGGCUACUUCGGGGUCAACGAAAGCACCGGGCUCAGCCUGGAGCAGGUCAAGAAGCAGAAGGAGCGAUGGGGAGCCAACGAAUUACCAGCUGAAGAAGGAAAAACUUUACUUGAGCUGGUGAUCGAACAGUUUGAAGAUUUAUUAGUUAGAAUUUUGUUGCUGGCAGCAUGUAUAUCUUUUGUGUUGGCUUGGUUUGAAGAAGGAGAAGAAACAGUCACAGCCUUUGUAGAACCUUUUGUAAUCUUACUCAUAUUAGUUGCUAAUGCAAUUGUGGGCGUGUGGCAGGAGCGAAAUGCUGAAAAUGCCAUUGAAGCUCUUAAGGAAUAUGAACCUGAAAUGGGAAAAGUUUAUCGACAAGACAGAAAAAGUGUACAAAGGAUAAAAGCGAGAGACCUUGUCCCCGGUGAUAUCGUGGAAGUAGCUGUUGGGGACAAAGUUCCUGCUGACAUCAGAAUUACUUCCAUAAAAUCCACAACUCUACGAGUUGACCAGUCGAUUCUCACAGGUGAAUCUGUCUCGGUUAUUAAACAUACGGACCCUGUGCCUGAUCCUCGUGCAGUAAACCAAGAUAAGAAAAAUAUGCUUUUUUCUGGUACGAACAUUUCUGCGGGCAAAGCCAUGGGGGUUGUGGUGGCUACUGGGGUCAACACGGAAAUUGGGAAAAUCCGUGACGAAAUGGUGGCCACCGAGCAAGAGAGGACCCCCCUGCAGCAGAAGCUGGAUGAGUUUGGGGAGCAGCUAUCCAAGGUCAUCUCGCUGAUCUGCAUCGCCGUCUGGAUCAUCAACAUCGGCCACUUCAACGACCCCGUCCACGGCGGCUCCUGGAUCCGGGGCGCCAUCUACUACUUCAAAAUUGCCGUGGCCCUUGCGGUGGCUGCCAUUCCAGAGGGCCUGCCUGCUGUCAUUACCACCUGCCUGGCCCUGGGCACCCGUCGCAUGGCCAAGAAGAAUGCCAUCGUCCGGAGCCUUCCCUCCGUGGAAACCCUGGGCUGCACCUCGGUGAUCUGUUCCGACAAGACCGGCACGCUAACCACCAACCAGAUGUCGGUUUGCCGGAUGUUUAUUGUGGACCGAGUGGAAGGGGAUAGCUGCUCUCUGAACGAAUUCACAGUGUCUGGUUCAACGUAUGCCCCGGUUGGAGAGAUUUCCAAAGAUGAUAAACCCAUCAAAUGCUGUAUGUACGAUGGCCUUAUUGAAUUGGCUACAAUCUGCGCCCUCUGCAAUGAUUCGUCUCUGGAUUUCAAUGAAGCAAAGGGAGUUUAUGAGAAGGUCGGGGAAGCCACGGAGACGGCCCUGACUUGUCUGGUGGAGAAGAUGAACGUGUUUGACACGGAUCUGAAAGGACUGUCCAAGAUUGAGCGGGCCAACGCUUGCAAUUCGGUGAUUAAGCAGCUGAUGAGGAAAGAGUUCACUCUGGAAUUCUCCCGGGAUAGGAAGUCGAUGUCCGUUUACUGCACUCCGAACAAGCCCAGCCGGACGGCCAUGACCAAGAUGUUUGUCAAGGGGGCUCCAGAAGGGGUGCUUGACAGGUGCACCCACUUCCGAGCGGGAAACAUGAAGGUACCCUUAACCCCGGGCAUUAAGCAGAAGAUCAUGACCGUCAUCCGUGAGUGGGGCACCGGGAAGGAUACGCUGCGUUGCCUGGCCCUGGCCACCCAUGACAACCCUCCAAGAAAGGAAGAUAUGAACCUGGAGGAUUCUGCAGGCUUCAUCACCUACGAGACCCACCUGACCUUCGUGGGCUGCGUGGGAAUGCUGGACCCGCCCCGAAUUGAGGUGGCCUCAUCCAUCAAGCUGUGCCGGCAAGCGGGCAUUCGUGUGAUCAUGAUAACCGGCGACAACAAGGGGACGGCAGUGGCCAUCUGUCGGCGCAUUGGCAUUUUCGGCGAAGAUGAGGAUGUCACCACAAAAGCCUUCACCGGUCGGGAGUUUGAUGAGCUUUCGCCAGCCGGCCAGAGAGACGCCUGCAUGAACGCCCGCUGCUUCGCCCGCGUGGAACCCUCCCACAAGUCCAAAAUUGUGGAGUUUCUCCAGUCCUUUGACGACAUCACAGCAAUGACAGGAGACGGCGUAAACGAUGCCCCCGCUUUGAAGAAGGCAGAGAUCGGAAUUGCCAUGGGAUCUGGCACGGCCGUGGCGAAGACGGCCUCUGAAAUGGUGCUGGCAGACGACAAUUUCUCCACCAUUGUAGCCGCUGUGGAGGAAGGCCGGGCCAUCUAUAACAACAUGAAGCAAUUUAUUCGCUACCUCAUCUCCUCCAACGUUGGAGAAGUGGUCUGCAUCUUCCUGACCGCUGCAUUGGGCUUCCCGGAAGCUUUAAUCCCUGUCCAGCUGUUAUGGGUAAACCUUGUGACCGACGGACUUCCUGCCACCGCCCUGGGCUUCAACCCUCCCGAUCUGGAUAUCAUGAGCAAGCCACCUCGUAACCCCAAAGAGCCCCUAAUCUCGGGAUGGCUCUUUUUCCGCUACUUGGCGAUUGGAUGUUACGUCGGAGCUGCCACUGUGGGCGCUGCAGCUUGGUGGUUCAUAGCUGCUGAUGGGGGCCCGAGAAUUACCUACUACCAGCUGAGUCAUUUCCUGCAGUGCAAAGACGACAAUCCAGAGUUUGAAGGGGUCGACUGUGUGGUGUUUGAGUCUCCCUAUCCUAUGACAAUGGCGCUCUCUGUCUUGGUCACAAUAGAGAUGUGCAACGCCCUCAACAGCCUCUCGGAGAACCAGUCCUUGCUAAGGAUGCCUCCAUGGGAGAACGUCUGGCUCCUGGGAUCCAUUUGCUUGUCCAUGUCUCUUCACUUCCUCAUCCUUUAUGUAGAACCAUUGCCACUGAUUUUCCAGAUCACCCCCCUGAACGUGACCCAGUGGCUGAUGGUGCUCAAGCUCUCCCUGCCGGUGAUCCUGCUAGACGAGACUCUUAAGUUUGUGGCGCGCACUUACCUAGAGCCGGGUAAAGAUAGUGAGCCACCUGCCACCAAACCACGUCCUUUGUCUGCAUGCACCGAGGGGAUUUCCUGGCCGUUUGUGCUGCUGACCUUGCCGUUGGUGAUUUGGCUUUAUAGCACAGACACUAACUUUAGUGACAUGUUUUUUUCUUGACCUGAAGUCCUGUAGUGGCAGCUUGGCAGUCAGAGAGAUGUUUAACUUAAAAAAAAAAAAAUCAAUUUUUUUAAUUGUUCCAAGCAAUUUGUCUUAUUCUGCUGAAUUUUCACAUGAACACGUUUGCCGGUGACUGAGGUUUCCAUAUUCUAGACUCUGGGUUUUUCCUCUUUUUUUUUCCUUUUUUUCCUUUUUUUCUUUUUCUUUCCCCUGACCCCUGUGGGUGGGGGAGGGGACUCUUCUUCUCCCCCUCCCCACUUCUUUUAUACACAAACUAGGGUGUCCAUCGACAUGUACAGAGAAAUUAAACACUAUUUUAUGCAAAUAUUUUUUGUAGAGGAGACGCAUGUACAGUGUUCUGUUUCAUAGUUAACUCAAUCCUUGUAAAAACGACGACGACAACAGCGCUGGGGGGAGGCAGGGAUAAUAUGUUGAGAAAACCUUGAUUGGUAGCAGAUUUUAGGGAAUGAGUGUUGUGGGGAUGUUAUUCUCCCUUAAACCAGAAGCAUGCAAAUCCUUCAUGUCUGUUGCACGGUUGAGAAUUCUAAUCCUAAUUUGUCAUUCAGUUGGAUGUUUUCUGCACCAGACAGACCGGGCUGCUACCUCAAUUCUUUUUCCCUUCCUUCCUUCCUUCCUUCCUUCCUUUUUUUUUGUUUCAUUUCAUUUUUUGGAUUUGCCACAUGGUUAUCCUUUAGAUUCCAGACGCAUCUUGUUUACGCUCUGUCCUCCUUAAGAGGUACCCUGCUGAUCUUGUCGGUGCAGAAAACACCAUUUUGAGAGGCAUUCCACUAAAAUUAGGUGGUGGGGGUUUGAUUAUUUUUUUUCCCCGUUCGUUUGUUUCUAUCCCUGAUAUACGUAGAGGUUUUUGUUUUGUUUUUUAAAAAAAAUCAAAAACAAAAAGCAGAAACAAAACUAUUUAUUUAAAUAUGUCUGUAUUUUUACUGUAACAACAUUGUUUCAUCAGCAUUGCCCAUUUGGGGAAGGGAUGGGAGAGGAACAGAAGGAAGGGGGAAAGGCAAUCUGGAUGGACUUUAAGCAAACAGCUCAAAAGAGAGAGAGAGAGAGAGAGAGAGAGAGAGAAUAAAUUUUUUUUUAAAUCAAGACCAUUUUGUUUUGCAUUUCAUUUCUAACCUAAGAGACUCUUAAAUUCCAUUUUAAUUCUUGCGUCAGGUCUUUUUUUUUUCCCCUCCCUCUCCUGUUACAUUACUGUUUAAUUGGGGCAUUUACAACCAAACCUGGAAAUAAACCAGGUUUAUUUUUCUCUGGGGAAUUUUCUUUUUGGUUAGGCCUCUAAUUCUGCGUGCCACCUUGUCGAGGUACCAUCUGCUGGCCGUAUCUUGGGCUGCAGCAAAUAAGUAACCUUUUGUGUGUGUGCGUGUUGUAAAAUCUGUAAAUAUCACGUAACGCAAUGAACAUAUUGCAGAGAACUCUUUUUAUUUUUUUCCCCCGUGGCACUAAUCACCAUUGUUCUCUUGUGAUCAAUGUCUGUGCAUGAUGUCUUUUAUUGCCUCUCCAAACUUGAGUCCUGUAUUGAUACGUAAGUUCAUUAACAGUCUAACUGUGUGGUGUUUUUCUCCAAUGCCUUCCAACAUUUCAUCGACUGAAGUGAGUAUCUCUUCCAUUUCGAUGGUGGUGUGUGCUAUGUAUGUAACCGAAACCCAAGAGACCCUACUGUGCUGUAUGCCCUUCCAGAGAACUCAAUAAAUAAAUGCUCAUGUCCUCCCCAUGGCAGUUUCUCUAGCCUGCAUUUUCUGCCCUUACGUUCCCUGCCUUUCUGUUGAUUUAAAUCUCAAGAGACUCAACCAGUUGCCUUUGUUCUAAAAUCCCCCGGCCCCUUUCAGAACCAGCAGGUGUGACCACCUUCCCUUCUCGGCUUCUCAAAAUAUUUGGAGUCCCGAACACUUAGAGAGUCUGGACUUGCAGUAGCUGAGCCUGGAGGAUUAACUGGGCUGUAAGGUCGAGGUACCCGUUGAUCCCUCUGCUGUUUGCCCGAUAGUACUCGGAGGGCAUUGCUUCAAGUCUCCAUGGCAGAGCCUGUUGGAGGAAUCCCAGGGUGAUGUUGGGGUUCCUGAACCCUCUGUUUCUUGAAACAAAGCCUAGCGGAGGCUGCUUCCUAGAACUCUGAGCACACCCAUAGGCGUUGUGUAGUUAGCAUCCACAAGCCCCUCACUUAAAGUCUGUGCUGUUUUUUCCAUUUGCACAUCCAAGAAUGUGAGUUACAAUGGCAGUCGUUCUUCAUUCCCAGGUUAGGCUCAAUUUUGCAAAUACCACCCAACCCAGCGUCCUUACUACCUCUUCACAUGCCUUCGGCCACAAGUGAUUCUAAGACAGCAGAGUGAUCUAUUUUAAAAAAACAGAGCUGAGCUGCCCUGGUAUCUGUUGUCUCCCUUUUCUUUUAUUUACACAAUACAGCUGUCACCUUAACUCAGCAGAACAUGGCUUGUUGCUGUUUCUAAAUAGCUUUGUGCGCAAAUUUACAGCUGCUCAGUUCUGAACUUUCCUUUUUCUCCAGGGAGCAUCUGAAAGGGGACCUUGUCUCUGUGAUCAUAAAAUAACAUAGGAUACCCCCAAUAAAAGACUUAGCUGCAUGCAAGGAGAAAGCAGGGAGGAUUUCAGGGGAGACAAAGCAUGCAAAAAUAAUGCAAAUUGUCUUGUGUCCUCACACCUGUCUUGUUGUACAUCUUGCACUGCUUAACCAUUGGUUCCCUAAUCUCUGCUCAUGGCUUAGAAGCAAAUUUACCCAUCAAGCCAAAAAAAAAAAAAAACCAAAAAAA